AAUUGCCCAACCUUUAGUCAUGGUAGCACUCAUCAAAUCAUGUGAGUGCUCGAAAAAGGUAGGCGGUCUUAUCAUAUGAUUUGACAUGCCAACUGACUUUAAUUGCUAAAGUGUCAAAGUCUUUUGUCUCAUCUUUUACAAUCGGAUAAGAGCUGGGUGGUUUCCACACCCAUGUGAUGUGACGAAAUAAACCAAGGACGCCGUUCAUGCCAUGUUCAUCUCUAUCGUCUUGUAUCUGAAAUUUCCUCUUCCUGGCUAGCCGGCACGAUGAACACGUUCUGGGAUUCUUCCUGAAGAGUAGUUUUUUGAUCUACAAUGGAUUCUUUCUACAGCUCCAACUUCUAUCAUGGCUGUGAAGAUGAGUACUAUGUAAGUACCCCUUAUUGCACCUCUAAUUAUGAUAUUGUUCCAUUUCAUGACACUGUAGAGUACUCUGUACCUGACCCUAGUGAGCCUAAAUUCUUUGAAUACGAUUCAACUGCUUAUUCCGAUGCUUGUGAUCCUUUUCCAACUCAAUCUUUGAUCAAUUACUCUACCUACAAUCCAACCGAGCCGAAACUCAUCCAGUACCAUAACCCAGCUCAUUAUGGAUAUGAAACACAGUAUGUGAUUUCCUAUUCUCAAACCACUGAGCCUGAUGAUCCUGAUAUUGAUUUUGUGGAGUAUGAUCCGACGCCCUUCCGUGGUGGAUAUGACCCUGUUCUUACCUACGGCAAACCUCUUCCACCCUCCGAUGAAAUCUGCUAUCCUCGCUCCCUGCACGUGUCUAAUGGCCACCCCUCAGAUGGCUUCUCUUAUGGAUCCAUUCCUUCACCUUAUGGGAAAGAUGAUUCUGACCCCAGGAACACGGUCAAACCACGAGAAGAAACCGAACCAACCUAUCCCAGUACCGGGGAUAAUGGACACCUCCUUGGCGAGGAAAUCCCUCCUGAGAAGCCCUCAGACUCGGGUCAAGGUGAUCAAGAUCAAAGAGAUGGUUAUGGUUCUGAAGGCUGCGAUCCACCUUGGCCUGGCUAUGAUUAUGGUUCAGGAAAUGGGUAUGAUCACAAGGAAGUGGCUCAUCAACUCCCAUAUGGGUAUGGCUUGGAAGCCAUGGACCUGUGUGAAAGCCUAUUUGGGUACUGGCCGUGUUUGUCCAGGAAGAAGAAGUAUUAUGGUUGUCAAGAAUUUGGCAGUGGUGGAGAAGUAGGCCAAGACCACCAGUGGAAGAACAGUGCUGCAGAUUAUCUGUUUGGAAGUCCAUAUGGAUACAACUAUGGAGGCCAUUAUCAUUAUCAGCAAUCGAGUUAGUUAUAGAUAUAUAGUUGAGUCCUCGUCAAUGUACCUUAUAGAUUUAUGUUACUGUUGCUACCAUGCUCAUCAAUUUGCACAUUAUUGUAAUACUCAAAUGCAAAAAAAUUGGUAAGAAUAUGAUACGAUAUUAGUCCCAUCAAAA